CAAUCAAUCAUCCCAUCCGCGUAAAUAAUAGAAGAAUAGGCGAUGGUCGACAACAUGGAUGAUGUCGUAGCACAAAUCAAUUGGGACGAUGUAGAUCACAUAUUCCACGACAAUUAUGAGCCGACAAUGGAGGAUAUCGAGCAGCUUCUCAUGAACGACGACGAUGUCUCGGCUGAUCCUCAAUUUGCUGCCGACUUUCUUUCCGAUCUGCUGGUCGAUCAUUCUCCCUCUGCUGAAGCCGUCGAUUCCAAGGUUUCCAGUGGCUCCGAGGACGACAAAGACAAGAACAAGGUUUCCCAGUCGCCGUCUGAAGGGGAGGAGGCUUCUGACCAACUGAACAACGAUGACCCCCUCGAUAAGAAGCGAAAGAGGCAAUUGAGGAACAGAGAUGCAGCUGUGAGGUCACGAGAGAGGAAGAAGUUGUAUGUCAGGGAUCUUGAGUUGAAGAGUAGAUACUUCGAAUCGGAAUGCAAGAGGCUGGGGUUUGUUCUCCAGUGUUGUCUUGCGGAAAAUCAAGCUUUACGCUUCUCUUUGCAGAAUAGCAGUGCUAAUGGUGUUUCUAUGACCAAGCAGGAGUCUGCCGUGCUCUUGUUGGAAUCCCUGCUGUUGGGUUCCCUGCUUUGGUUCCUGGGCAUCACAUGCCUGCUCAUUCUACCCAGCCAAACCUGGUCAAGUCCAGAAGAAAAUCUGGGAAGCAGAAACCACGGGCUUCUGGUUCCGAUAAAGGAAGGAAAUAAGACCAGUCAGAUUUUGGUGUUCGUGUCCUUCAUGAUGGGCAAAAGAUGCAAAGCUUCAAGAUCGAGGAUGAAGUUCAACCCCCAUUCUUUGGGAAUUGUGGUGUGACUCGUUGUGAUCAGAUCCUUUCCCUUAGGUGGAUCGAUGGUUCUUUUGAGUUCUUUAGUUUGUAUCAGAGAUUUUCUGUAUAAGUCUUGCUUUGACAUCUGAAGGACGUUGUUCCCUGUUAUUAAUUAAUGACUUAUGAGCUGUAUUUAGAUUUAUGCUUCUUUUUAACAGUUCCAGCCGAAAUUUGCU